GGAGAAGAAGCCUGUGACGUCAUUCAAUCUGCGACGGCGGGGUUGUUCGUCGCGUGUAAAAUUUUGUUGCGAAUAAUGCCAGUUUUUCACUUUAUUGACUUAAUUCUACUGAGCACGACCACAGCGGUCGAGUUAAUGUUCGUGUCGGGUUCGGCUUGAGACGCACACGGCGUUACUAAUGUAGGUUUUGUGGGAAGGAGUUGGCAAAACUCACCGCUGAGAAACAUCCUCGCUGUUUUGUUGCUUGGCAGAAAAAGAAGAUGUGAUUGUUGGCGGGAAGGAGGACGCCAGGUGUGACUUUUGCAGCGGGAUGGAAACUUGGACUCCAAACCCCCGCGCUAAGCCUUUCAUUCCCCGCCAGCAAAGAAGCUUUUAUCUCACCUGGAAGUACAAACUGACCAAUAGGAGGACACUUCGCCGAUGUUGCCAGGCUGCAGCGGUGCUGUUUCUCCUGGUGACUGUCUUAGUCAACAUUAAACUCAUCCUGGACACCAGGAGAGUAGUUAGUGAAGAUGUAGCAGCUCAAGAAUAUGAGGACGUGUUGCCGAACGUGGCGACUCCUCGCAGACCGGCGAAUGGACGCAAGGUUCUGGACAUAGAGGCGUACUCCAGUCGCUCCAAAGUGUACGUGGCGGUGGACGGAACCACGGUGCUGGAGGACGAUAUGCGCGAGCAAGGCAGAGGCAUUCAUGUAAUUGUCCUCAACCAGGCUACAGGUCAUGUGAUGGCCAAGAGGAUAUUUGACACCUACUCGCCUCACGAGGAUGAAGCCAUGAUCCUCUUCCUCAACAUGGUGACCCGAGGUCGAGUUCUCAUCUUUACUAUCAAGGACGAGGGUACGUUCCACCUGAAGGAGGCUGCUAAAAACCUGCUGAAAAGUCUAGGCAGUCAGGUGUCUCUCAACCUGAGCUGGAGGGACAUGUGGACUCUGGUGGUGAAGAAAGGAGGUCAGGUGUACGGCGAAAAGCAUUCAAAGUCUCCUGCUCUCUCCACCUGGGGUGAUCCAGUACUUCUUAAAACGGAGGUGCAGCUCACUGCCUCUGAAGAGGCAGAGUGCCACUGGGCAGAUACGGAGUGGAACAGGCGGAGGAAGCUCUUCUGCAGCAAAGUAGAAGGAUACGGAAGUAUCUGCAGUUGCAAAGACCCAGCACCCAUUGAAUUUAACCCAGAACCUUUGCCCACUAACCACGUCUUCAAUGUACCAGUAGCAGUCAUCGCUGGUAACCGACCCAACUAUCUCUACCGGAUGCUUAGAUCUCUCCUUUCAGCUCACGGCGUUAACCCCCAGAUGGUCACGGUCUUCAUUGAUGGAUAUUAUGAGGAGCCAAUGGAUGUGGUGGAACUGUUUGGACUGAAGGGAGUUCAGCACACACCAAUCAGCAUCAAGAAUGCUCGAGUAUCUCAGCACUACAAGGCAAGUCUGACCGCAACAUUCAAUCUUCACCCAGAUGCUAAAUAUGCUAUUGUGCUAGAAGAAGAUCUGGACAUCUCCAUUGACUUCUUCAGUUUUUUGAGUCAGACCAUCCACCUGUUGGACGAGGAUGACAGCCUGUAUUGCAUCUCAGCCUGGAAUGACCUGGGCUAUGAACACACAGCAGAGGAUGCUGCCUUGCUCUACCGAGUGGAGAGUAUGCCUGGCCUGGGCUGGGUCCUGAAGAAGAGUCUCUACAAGGAUGAGCUGGAGCCAAAAUGGCCGACCCCUGAGAAGCUGUGGGAUUGGGACAUGUGGAUGCGGAUGCCAGAGCAGAGGAAAGGCAGGGAGUGUAUCAUCCCCGAUGUGUCCCGCACCUACCACUUUGGCAUCAUCGGCCUCAACAUGAAUGGAUAUUUCCAUGAGGUGUAUUUCAAAAAACACAAGUUCAACACGGUUCCUCACGUGCAGCUGAAGAACGUGGACAGCCUGAAGAAGGAUGCGUAUGAAGUGGAAAUCCAAAACCUGCUUAAAGAAGCGCAGGUGCUGGACCACACCAAGAACCCAUGUGAGGACUCCUUACUGCCGGACUCUGAGGGGAAAGUCUACGUCAUGUUCAUCAGGAUGACGUCAGAGACAGACACCUCCACCUGGACUGAGCUCGCCAAGUGCCUUCAUGUUUGGGACUUAGAUGUUCGGGGAAAUCACAGAGGCCUGUGGCGACUCUUUCGAAAGAAGAGUCACGUCCUGGUGGUGGCCGUUCCAAUCUCCCCGUACUCAGUGAAGAAACCCGCCAAUGUCACCCCUGUCCACUUAGAGCCCCUCCCCAAGGAAGAGGGCGCGCCAGCCGAUCAGCUGUAAAGCACACACACACACACACACACACACACACACACACACACACACACACACACACACACACACACACACACACACACACACACACACACACACACACACACACACACACACACACACCAAACACGCACACACAACACUUUUUUUAAAACCAGCCCAGGCCUUAACAAGUAUUUCAACCACUAACAGUAUAAAGCCUGGGACCUUUUUUAAGAUCAAAUAUAAUUCAUUCAACCAAUCCAUGACUUGAGGAGUUGGUAAGUUUUGUUACGAAGUGACUUUUUACAUUUUCACAUCAACUGUUAGCCACCUAACAGCAGAACUGAAACUACUGAGUGUAUGUUAUAACUUAUCUAUUUAUUUGCCUUUAGCAAUCCAGACUGAACUAAACAGAUGAUACAAUGUACAUACAUACACACAUACAUAUAUAUUUGGAAUAAAAUAAAGUUGAUAUUUUUCAAUUAAAGAGAACAAACGUCAGAAGUGUAUUAGCCACUGAUGUGUGUUCAACUCUUUUUAAAUGAGAGCCAAAACAGUCAUGCUUUGUUAAAACUUAUUUUUCAGUGUAAGUCAGCAGACUUGAGCAGACCUGGGCAAUUAUUUUGACUCGGGGGCCACAUUUAGAGAAAAAAAUGUGUCUGGGGGGCCAGUAUAUCUAUUUUUAAGGACAUUAACACAAAACCUCACAAAAAUGUCUGAUUGAAUGCUAAAAACAUUAUGAAAUGUUACAUUUUUCUAUAAAGGAUAAAACACGGAAUAUUGACAACAUAUGAAUGUCACACCCCUUUUUGAUUGACAUAUUUCACAAUGAAGUGAAAUGCAACACAAAUGCCAGAAACAGUGAAAUAUGAACGUGAAGGGUACAAAAUAAACCCCACCUACAAUCUGAUAUUUCACUAAGCUUUAGAACUUUGUUGUGAAAAUCUUCCCGCCCACACUGCUUGGUGCCUCCUCUGAGCUGCUGUGACUUACGUUACCAUAGUAACUCAUUAGAUGACCAUAGUAACUAAUUAGAUGACCAUAGUAACUCAUUAGAUGACCAUAGUAACUCAUUAGAUGACCAUAGUAACUCAUUAGAUGACCAUAGUAACUCAUUAGAUGACCAUAGUAACUAAUUAGAUGACCAUAGUAACUCAUUAGAUUACCAUAGUAACUAAUUAGAUGACCAUAGUAACUCAUUAGAUGACCAUAGUAACUCAUUACAUUACCAUUCAUCUAUUUUCUUCCGCUUAUCUGAAGUAGGGUUGCAGGGGCAGCAGCCUAAGCAGAGAAGCCCAGGCUUCCCUCUCCCAGCCACUUUAUCCAGAUCCCGAGGCAUUCCCAGGCCAGCUGGGAGACAUAGUCUUCCCAACGUGUCCUGGGUCUGCCCCGUGGCCUCCUACUGGUCGGAUGUGUCCUAAACACCUCCCUAGGGAGGCGUUCGGGGGGUAGUAACUAAUGAGAUGACCAUAGUAACUAAUUACAUUACCAGAGUAACUAAUUAGAUGACCAUAGUAACUAAUUACAUUACCAGAGUAACUAUUUAGAUGACCAUAGUAACUAAUUAGAUGACCAUAGUAACUAAUUAGAUGACUAUAGUAACUAAAUAGAUUACCACAGUAACUAGAUUACCUGAGUAACUAAUUAAAUGACCAUAGUAACUAAUUAGAUGACUAUAGUAACUAAAUAGAUUACCAGAGUAGCUAAUUAGAUGACCAUAGUAACUAAUUACAUUACCAGCGUAACUAGAUAAGUGAGCAUAGUAACUAAUUAAAUUCCCAGAGUAACUAGAUAGACGAGCAUAGUAACUAACUAGAUUACCAGAGUAACUAGAUAGAUGAGCAUAGUAACUAAUUACAUUACCAGAGUAACCAGAUAGGUGAGCAUAGUAACUAAUUACAUUACCAGAGUAACUAGAUAGAUGAGCAUAGUAACUAAUUAAAUUACCAGAGUAACUAGACGAGCAUAGUAACUAACUAGAUUACCAGAGUAACUAGAUAGAUGAGCAUAGUAACUAAUUACAUUACCAGAGUAACUAGAUAGACAAGCAUAGUAACUAAUUACAUUACCAGAGUAACUAGUUAGAUGACCAUAGUAACUAAUUACAUUACCAGAGUAACUAGUUAGAUGACCAUAGUAACUAAUUAUAUUACCAGAGUAACUAGUUAGAUGACCAUAGUAACUAAUUACAUUACCAGAGUAACUAGUUAGAUGACCAUAGUAACUAAUUAUAUUACCAGAGUAACUAGAUAGAUGAGCAUAGUAACUAAUUAUAUUACCAGAGUAACUAGUUAGAUGAGCAUAGUAACUAAUUACAUUACCAGAGUAACUAGUUAGAUGACCAUAGUAACUAAUUACAUUACCUGAGUAACUAGUUAGAUGACCAUAGUAACUAAUUAUAUUACCAGAGUAACUAGAUAGAUGAGCAUAGUAACUAAUUAUAUUACCAGAGUAACUAGUUAGAUGACCAUAGUAACUAAUUACAUUACCAGAGUAACUAGUUAGAUGACCAUAGUAACUAAUUAUAUUACCAGAGUAACUAGAUAGAUGAGCAUAGUAACUAAUUAUAUUACCAGAGUAACUAGUUAGAUGAGCAUAGUAACUAAUUACAUUACCAGAGUAACUAGUUAGAUGAGCAUAGUAACUAAUUACAUUACCUGAGUAACUAGUUAGAUGACCAUAGUAACUAAUUAUAUUACCAGAGUAACUAGAUAGAUGAGCAUAGUAACUAAUUAUAUUACCAGAGUAACUAGUUAGAUGACCAUAGUAACUAAUUAUAUUACCAGAGUAACUAGAUAGAUGAGCAUAGUAACUAAUUAUAUUACCAGAGUAACUAGUUAGAUGAGCAUAGUAACUAAUUACAUUACCAGAGUAACUAGUUAGAUGACCAUAGUAACUAAUUAAAUUACCAGAGUAACUAGUUAGAUGACCAUAGUAACUAAUUAUAUUACCAGAGUAACUAGAUAGAUGAGCAUAGUAUCUAAUUAUAUUAUAAAUGAUAAAUAGGUUGUACUUGUACAGCGCUUUUCUACCUUCAAGGUACUCAAAGCGCUUUGACACUACUUCCACAUUCACACACACAUUCACACACUGAUGGAGGGAGCUGCCAUGCAAGGCACCCACUAGCACCCAUCAGGAGCAAGGGUGAAGUGUCUUGCUCAGGACACAACGGAUGUGACGAGGUUGGUACUAGGUGGGAUUUGAACCAGGCCCCCUCGGGUUGCGCACGGCCACUCUCCCACUGCGCCACGCCGUCCCUUUUUACCAGAGUAACUAGAUAGACGAGCAUAGUAACUAGUAUAUGAUCCAAAAGCGCAGAUUCCAAGCAUGUAAAGACUUCGUGUGGUUGAAGACUCCUGGUCAUUAUAAAAGAUGAGUACACAUCAUAAUGGCAGCUACACUUUACUUCUUAAAGAUGUAAAACUAUUUUCUGGGAAUGUCCAGCGGGCCAGAUUGAAAAGUUUAACGGGCCCCAUGUGGCCCCCGGGCCUUCAUUUGCCAGGUCUGCUCUUGAAUAUUGUGAGACAAACAGUAGACCUAAAAGGAAUAAUUCCGUCCAUGACACACCCAAUUAUGAAUGUUUUACUUGCAUGUUUUUUUCCUGAAGGGUUGAUGGAACUGAGGUGGUUUUAUAUCUCAGCAUUCACAUCAUUUAAAACUUCAUACAGAAGUGUUUUGUAUCCACUCAUCUCAAUAUGAAUACUGAACUUUUAUCUGGUUUUUAUUUAUUAUAUUAUUACCUUUUCUUUUUUUCUUUUAGACUAAGAGUGGUCUGUGACUGACAUGAACAUUUAAGUGCAUUCAAGAUGGGGAUGUAGCGAUAUCAAAAAGUCAUAUCACGGUAUUGUUGAAGGUGCUCAAAAAGUGGGAUACUCUGCUACACACUGGAAUAUUUUAACUAAGCUUUAUUUUGAAUAAAUAAAACAACAAUAUUUAUCUUCAUUAUUAGCGGCGCGAGGAAAGGCAAUAGCUGGGUCUGCUAGUAGCCGGCGGUGAGCGACGCUAGCUACAAAACAGCCAUUAGCGGCCUUAGCUGUUUAACAACAAUUUGCAAUGCAAGCUGCUAGCCAGUGAUUAGCAGCGGCAGCUACGAGAACGCGAUUAGCGGCCUCAACUACUUAGCGCAAUUAACAGUGGCAGCAAUGGAUUAGCGAUGCAAGCAUUUAGCAGCACUAGCUGAUAGAUGGCGAUUUGCGACUAACGCUACUAGCCCACAAUUAACAAGACGGUGAUUAGCAGCCCCAGCUACUAACCAUUGAUCAGUGGCGCAAGCUACAAACCCAGAAUUAGCGGUGCCAGCUACUAGCUGGUGAUUAGCGGCCCCCGCUUCUAACCAGCGAUUAGUGGCCACUGAAGCUACUAGCCCGCAAUUAGCGGUGUCAGCUACGAGCCGGUGAUUAGUGGUCCCCGCUAGUAACCAGCGAUUAGUGGCCACUGAAGCUACUAGCCCGCAAUUAGCGGUGUCAGCUACGAGCCGGUGAUUAGUGGUCCCCGCUAGUAACCAGCGAUUAGUGGCCACUGAAGCCACUAACCACUAAUUGCAGGUAACUAGCCCGCAAUUAGCGGUCUCAGCUACGAGACAGUGAUUAGCGGACACCCCGUUACUAACCAGCAAUUAGCAUCGCAAGCUACAAACCCAGAAUUAGCAGUGCCAGCUAUUCGUCACUUAAGUUACUAGCCCGCAACUAGCGGUGUCAGCUACGAGAUGGUAUUAGCAGCCCCAACUAGUAACCAGCGAUUAGUGGCCACUGAAGCUACUAGCCUGCAAUUAGUGUUGUCAGCUACUAGCUGGUGAUUAGCGGCCCCCGCUUCUAACCAGCGAUUAGUGGCCACUGAAGCUACUAGCCCGUAAUUAGCAGUGUCAAGCUACGAGACGGUGAUUAGCGGCCCCCGCUACUAACCAGCGAUUGGUGGGGCAAAUUAAAAACCCAGAAUUAGCGGUGCCAGCCAUAUGCCACCCAAGCUAUUAGCCCGCAAUUAGCGGUGCCAGCUACGAGCUGGUGAUUAGCGGCCCUAGCUAGUAACCAGCGAUUAGUGGCCCCCGCUUCUAACCAGCGAAUAAUGGCCACUGAAGCUACUAGCCCGUAAUUAGCAGUGUCAAGCUACGAGACGGUGAUUAGGGACCCCCGCUACUAACCAGCGAUUGGUGGCGCAAAUUAAAAACCCAGAAUUAGCGGUGCCAGCCAAGCUAUUAGCCCGCAAUUAGCGGUGCCAGCUACGAGCUGGUGAUUAGCGGCCCUAGCUAGUAACCAGCGAUUAGUGCCCACAGAAGCUACUAGCCCGCAAUUAGCGGUGUCAGCUACUAGACGGUGAUUAGCGGCCCCCACUACUAACCAGCGAUUAGUGGUGCAAGCUACAAACCCAGUAUUAGCGGUGCCAGCUAUUUGCCACUCAAGCUACUAGGCCGCAGUUAGCAGUGUCAGCUACAAGAUGGUGAUUAGCGGCCCCAGCUGGUAAACCAGAAUUAGCGUUGCUAGGUACUAGCCAGCGAUUAGCGGACCCAGCUACUAAAAGGCAAUUAGCGACAAGACUGUGAUUAGAGGCCCUGGGUACUAACCCGCAAUCAGCAGUGCCAGCUACUCGCCGGCGAUUAGCGAGCAAGCUACCGUGCUUUCACCAUAAUUUGAUUGUAAAAUGGUAAUACUUGCUGUUGAGAGUUUUACUGCAGUUUAUCAUGAAUAGCAAUACUUGUAAAGGUUACAUCCCCAACACACCUGCACACAAGCAUGACCAUGACACUGAUGAUUUGUGGAAGUCUAUUUGAUAUUUUGGGGGAUUUUCAUGCAAAUAAAUAGCUAUUUUUUUGA